CAGGUUAUGUUACGAUUAUCUCUACAGAACUAUUUAUAACCUUAUCUGUAAGACUGACAUUCAAACCAGACAACUCUCUAGCAACAUGUUGCCACGUUAUUUCAUCUGCCUCUGGGUGAUAUAUGUGUCGUGUGGAUGGGCAGUUUCAGAGGAGAAUAACAGAUCGAAUCUGCGAUGCUACUCCUGUCUGGAUGCCCAAGAUCCGAUGUCUUGCAAUGCCUAUGAAAUAUGUGGUGCAGGGGAGGAAUGCUUCACUCGAAAAUUCACAGAUCACCUUGGGAGGGCUGCAUUCCGACUUGGCUGUGAGUCCAAAAUGCUUUGUAAUCUCUACAAGAGCGCACUCACUAUUGUGGGUAAACGUUCCAUCGAGGAUGACAGUCAAGACAACUGCUUCGACUGUUGUGACGCUGACAGUUGUAACGUCAACAUGUGUGGUGGUAACGCAACACAACAGCAGACAACUCCCCCGAAUAUAACUGUGACUUUGACCGAGACAACUCCAGCAUCCACGACUGCUGAAACGACCACACCACCACCACCCAAGUGUCCCAACACCUAUCUGACCGGCCCCGGAUCCUGCUACCUGCUCGUGAACUCCUCGCAUACGUGGCAUGAGGGGGAUGUGCUGUGUAAACAGAUGGGGGACCAACUCAUGUCCAUCAACGACAAAACAGAGGACGACUUCAUCUCCAACUACCUCAGCAAUCUCGCAGGUUCUUCACAGCCAGAUGGGUACUGGGUGGGCGGUUUCUUCGACAAGAGCACGUCACAGUGGGAGUGGCAGGAUGGUACACAUAUGACGUACGUCAGAUGGGGUCCUUACCAACCAGUGUCCUUCGUCAACUACCACGUGAACCUCAUCAACCAACGUGUCUCUCUGCUGUAUAACAACUGGCAGUGGUCUACUAACGUCGAGUAUGCUAGCAACAGAUGGCUCAUUUGUGAACGUUCGUUCAAUUAAAGUGGACGUCAAGCGUUGCUCCCUAAGUUGGAUCCGUUUGAAUAAAUUAAUAUGAGAAACAA